GAGCACUAUUAUACAAUCAAUAAACCUUUUUUAAAAAUAUUAGGUAUUUGGCCUUAUAAUAAAUCACGAUUUGCAUUAAUGCAGCAGUUGUUAAUUACUACUUUAACCAUCACGUAUAUUGGCAUGCAGUUAUCACUUUUUGUUACAAUGAGAUAUAAUAUGACUCUCUUCAUUAAAAUUAUGUCGGCUGUUUGUCCCUUUAUACUAAUUACAAUAAAGUACUGCAUCUUUAUCUUGAAGGCAAAAUCUAUACAAAAUUUGCACUAUCUCAUCCGAGAGGACUGGAAGAUAAUACGAAAUAAAUUAGAAAUCAAGAUUAUACUGGAAUACGCUCAUUGUAGUCGAAUUUCUGCUAUUGUUCUGUUCCUAUUCGCCGAUUUUGUAGUAAUUGUUAUAGCCAUCGUCCAAUUUCUUCCGAAUAUUCUUGACGUUGUUUUGCCGUUGGACGAACCACGACCACGUAAACUUCUUGUUGCAGCGAAAUACUUUGUUUCUCAGGAUAAAUACUUCUUGACUAAAGCAUUUCAUGAAAUUGUGAUCAUUGUGAUAUGUGCGUUAAUUGUAUUCGCGACGGCGUCACAAAUGUUAGUAUUUUGCUGUCAUUCUUUCGGGAUGUUUAAAAUUGCCAGCCAUCGAAUAGAGUAUUCCAUUGAGAAUAGCGUAUUCCACAUACCAAAUCCCGAGAAAGAAUAUGCAAUUUACAAAAGGAUAAUGCACGCCGUAGUUGCACACCGUAGAGCUAUGGAAUUUUCCAAUAUUUUUGUAUCAUCAUUUAAUGUACCAUAUUGCUUCAUUGCUGUUAUUGGAGUAAUUUCGUUAAGCAUCAAUUUGUACGGAUUUGUGGAAGCGGCAACGAUAUCAAAGAACAUGACCAACUUACUAUUCUGUUUUCUUAUGACAUUAGUUCAUUUAGUCUAUAUGUUUGUAGCGAAUUAUCUUGGACAAAAGAUUGUUGAUUAUAAUAACGAACUGUUUAGAUUAAUAUACAGUACAUCGUGGUACUUAAUGCCAGUGUCAUCGCAAAAACUAAUUUUGUUUUUUAUGCUAAAAACUGGCAAAGAUUUUUAUUUCACAUUCGGCAUUAUAUUUGUGGCAAAGAUGGAAACUUUCGCCGCGGUAAGGAGUACGAAGAAUAAAAAAAAUAACAGAAUUUUACUAAAAUAUGUAAUUAAAGAAAAUUUAAAUUUUUGUCUAGCUUGUGAAUGCUGCGCUGUCCUAUGUCGCUGUGAUGUACAGUCGCGUCUAUUAAUUUAUCUUUUUAUUUACUUAGUUAAUUGUGUAUGGUUCCAUUAAUUGCUUCAUGUUCACAAAAAACGAGAAUCAGUGAGUCGCAUGUCAUGAGAUGUUUUUAAAAGUGUAAACCCAUCGGGGAUCGUCAAUACAUGCGAUUGUUCUCUGCCUGGUGAUAAAAUGAUCUAUAAAUAAAUAAACCUUUUAUUUUCCCAUAAAUAAAAUAUGCACAUGAUAACAUGUAAAAAGCUUCGCAUUAUGUAGGUUUGCAUUACUAAAUUGUUAUGUAAUUCUG